AUGGUGAACAUGUCGCUGGAAGUUGAGUCUCAUAACUACAACCCCGCCAUAUAUGGGUUCGUAACUGAGGAACUUUUGAAGCCGCGUUGGUGGGGACAGACCACAGACGAGGCCAAGGCAGCAGAACACAAGGCGAAGUUUCACAGCUCUCUCAGGUCCUGGAUGUUUAUGAAGCACACCUGGCUUCGAAUGACUAACUGGCUGGUUCCUUCUUCUCCCUGGCGGAUCUGGUGCACCUGCCUUGCACUGACCGGCUUCGGGCGCUGGGUGCUUCUGAUCUCAUUACAUCACGGCCGAAUGUGA